CAGGUGUGUGUCAGGGACUCAGGGUAGUUUACAAGUUGCUUCCCGUCCUGUGAGUUUUGAAACAUUAAACUUCCCAGUGGUUUCCUGGUUGCCCCCGGUCCUGUGGGGAUGCAGCUCAGCAGAGCCAGUGCUAGGCAUAAGCAGACUAAGCAAUUCCUUGCCCUCCCCAUUCAUUAUUAGUAUGUGUUUUAUUGGGGGGAGGAAAUAUUCCUGCUUAGGCCCCCCAGUGAGCUAGUGCCGUGACUGCACUUACAGGAUGGACAGAGACCCCCAGGUGACAGGCAGGGGUAGGGCCCUCUAUGGCAUGUAAAUACCCUGCUGAUCAUGUGGAUGAGGUUCAUGCAGGGAGUUGGCCCUUGUCAGAGAGAGGACUGACGAGGGAGAGGAGAAGAUUUAGUUGGGGACUGGUGCUGCUUUGAGCAGGGGGUUGGACUAGAUGACCUCCUGAGGUCCCUUCCAACCCUGAUAUUCUAUGACUCUAUGAAGAGGUGGACGGGAAAAGUGGGGACCCUCUUGUCUCUUAUAAAUGUCUAUAGUUUGGAAAAUAGCCCAAAUCCAACAAUGUUCAAAACCCUUUGAGAGCAUUUAUUAUGAACCCUAUAACAAAAGAGGGUUAUAGAUAAAGUGUAGGGCUAUGAACAGAGUCUUCAGCUAGUUAAUGCCAGUUAAAUGCUAGUUAAAGAUGGGGGAGGAAUGUAAGGCUAUGUCUACACUGGCAACUGAACGACAAAAUUUUCGUCUUUAGAGGUAUUAAAAACACACACACACACACACACACCCCUGAAAGACAAAAGUGUCGCCGAUGAUAAGCACCGGUGUGAAAAGCUCUUACAACGCUAACACUGCUUGUUGGGGGUGGAAGAUUUUUGUCAGCAGGAGAGCCGACAAACAGCGGCUACACUGCGUGCCUUUUAGUGACGUGGCUGGAGCGACAUAACCCUGUCGCUAAAAGUGGCGUAGUAUAGACAUAGCCAAAGUAGCAAAUUGGAAGAACCUUCUGAGAGCAGUAGAGAGCCAAGCUGGAGUUAGUGUAUCCAGAGGGAGCAUGGCAGACGUAUUGAGGGGAAACUCUUGUGUUGAUGGAGCAAGCCAUCUGAUUAGGAAAACAAUUUUUCCUUCUGAGUGCUCCCCAUUAUUUUCUGGGGUUGGUAUUCAGUCCUUUCAGCUAGGAUCCUGUCCCCCUUUUGCUUUCACGCUCAAGCCCCAGUGAGACCAGGUGAAGUGAGUGCAAGUUUGUUUUGGUUUCUUUUUUGUUUUGGUUGUUUUUAGGAUAAUAAAAAUAUUUAUCAUUUAAAUUCUUAUUUGAAUUGGGGGAGGAGUGGUUGUGCUUAAAAGAAACCUAUCAAGCAACCUGCAGUUGCAAAGAGAUUGUGCUUUUGGGUGAGGUUUGAAUUUGUUGGGCUGUGGUGGUGCUGGCGGGUUGGCCAUGGUUUGGUGAUAGAUCGGCAUUAUUUUUUUCAACAGCUUUGUUUCUGUGUCUCUGUCAUGGUUGCAUUUUGCUUCCCACUAGCUAUGCCUGCACACAUGGAGUCUGAGAUAUCUGCUAUAAUUAGAGGGGAGGGAAAAGAUUAAUGAAAUAUUAUUGCCUAAACUACUUUGUUGAAAUAAUUGGUUGGGAGAGGUUAGAGUUAGAAAGAGACUGGAGUUUGCUUUUCUCAUCAUUACUGAUCAUUGUCAUAAAGGUUUUCAGGCUCCAGUAUGAGAGGAAAACCCAUGGUAUCCCCCUGGAGUUGUUCUGACUUGCAUUGCAAUUUGUCUGCACAAUAUAGGGGGAGGAGGAAGGGGGCUGUGCUAGGAGGUUCUCAAACAAUAACUGUGUUGGAAAAUGACUUUCUUGUGUUUCAGCUUCUUCUGUCAAUAUUUUUUUUCAAGAGCACUUUAAUAUUCACCUUAGCUGAAAUAGAUGCUCACAGAUUUUUAUUUCUACACAUUCAACAAUAUAAUUUUGAGUAUCUUGUCUUUGUCCUUUUGGUACAACACUUGACGUCUCCUCGCAUUGAGUCUAAUAUUUUUUCCACUAGGAACCAGUGAACCAUUGGCAUUCUUGAAAACCUACAAAGGAAACUUAGAUUCUUCAGGCAAAUUUUGGCUGGUAGAGAUUCUGGAUAACAGAUAAAACGAUUUGACCACCAUGAGUUGGAGUUUCUUGACCCGUCUGUUAGAGGAAAUCCACAAUCAUUCAACAUUUGUUGGCAAAAUCUGGCUGACGGUUUUGAUUGUCUUUCGGAUUGUCCUUACUGCUGUGGGAGGGGAAUCCAUCUAUUAUGAUGAACAAAGCAAGUUUGUGUGCAACACGGAACAACCAGGAUGCGAAAAUGUUUGCUAUGAUGCUUUUGCUCCUCUUUCACAUGUGAGAUUUUGGGUGUUUCAGAUCAUUCUUGUAGCCACUCCAUCUGUAAUGUAUUUAGGCUAUGCCAUUCAUAAAAUUGCCAGAAUGGUGGAACAUAACGAACCUGACAAAAGAACCAGGAGCAAAACCUUUUCAAUGCGCUGGAAACAACACCGUGGUUUGGAGGAGGCAGAGGAUGACCAUGAAGAAGAUCCAAUGAUGUACCCAGAAAUAGAGCUAGAAAGUGAGCGGGAGAACAAGCAGCAGCCAGCCCUCACUAAAGCUAAACAUGAUGGUAGGCGGCGAAUUCGAGAGGAUGGGCUCAUGAAAAUCUAUGUGCUGCAGCUGCUGUCUAGGACUAUGUUCGAAGUUGGCUUUCUUAUUGGUCAAUAUUUUUUGUAUGGGUUCGAAGUCAGCCCCACAUUUAUAUGUAGCAGGAAACCAUGCCCACACAAGAUAGAUUGUUUCAUUUCAAGGCCUACUGAAAAGACCAUUUUCCUUUUAAUAAUGUAUGGCGUAAGCUGCCUGUGUUUACUUUUGAAUGUCUGGGAGAUGCUCCAUUUGGGAUUUGGUACAAUCCGAGACACAUUAAACAAUAAAAGAAAAGAGCUGGAAGACUCUGGUACCUAUAACUACCCUUUUACUUGGAAUACUCCAUCUGCUCCUCCUGGCUAUAACAUUGCAGUCAAGCCAGAUCAAAUCCAAUAUACUGAAUUGUCCAACGCCAAAAUGGCCUACAAGCAAAACAAAGCUAAUAUAGCUCAGGAACAGCAGUAUGGGAGCAACGAAGAAAACAUUCCAGCCGACCUAGAAAAUCUGCAGAGGGAGAUUAAAGUGGCUCAGGAACGUCUGGACCUUGCAAUCCAGGCAUAUAAUAACCAAACGAAUCCCAGCAGUUCCAGAGAGAAGAAAUCCAGAGCAGGCUCAAACAAAAGUAGUGCCAGUAGCAAAUCUGGAGAUGGAAAGACCUCUGUCUGGAUUUAAUGUUGGCUGAACUUGUACUUUUUUUCUUAGUUAAUGAUAACCAGCAAUUCACUGAAUAAUUACUUUCAUUAAGUGAACAUUUGACUCUGUUUAUCUUCAGGGAUACUGUUGGCUGGCAAUCCAAGCUCUCAAAAAGUGUUUAUGCACAUGUCCUAGAGUUACAGAAUUUUAUUCUUGUGUCUUCCAGGUCAGGAGAAGAACAGGUAUAUUUAAAUCAUUCUUGUUGAACGGUUUACACUGUAUGUACAGUAUUAUGGUGCAUUUAUUAUGCACAAUUUUUGUAUUUGUAUGUUGGACCUCUGCAGUUAUACUUUUUAUAUUAAAGAAAAGAAAACAAUACAGGUAACUCUUAGCAUUUUGCUUGUUCUAUUACUGUGGCCAACGGACUUAUUUUUUCUCUUUUUUUUGUUUUAAAUGUGAAGCUGUCUCUGCAUUUCAGAAGUGCCUUGUACAUGCGCAGAGGAUACUUCAGUUACCUAGGGAGCCUAUUUCGAGUUGGCUGCUUAGCAGCAGAGCAGUCGAGGGUUUGGAGAAUAUUUGUUAAUGGUGCCACCGGUUGCGUCUUUAUACAGUUAUGUGCAGCUCACAAACUGGAAGUGUCAUAUACUAACCAGAAUGUGCCAGAAUGUUGCACCAUGUGGUUUAAAUUAUUUAGACAAACGAAUACAGGUUGGAAGGCAUCAGUUCAAAGCAAGAAUGCCAUACGUAAUUGGGGAGGGCAGGGUUUUGUAAGCUUUGCCCAACAGGGGAAAGAGAAACUUAGAACUACUAUAAAAUGUUCUAAAAAAAUAUGGGUAGAAAUGACUGUGUAUUCAAUAAUUCCAUGACAUUUAUGUGAAAUCCAUGGUAAGGUAUUUGUUUCGUAAGGUCUUAUUAUAACACAAAAAACAAUGAGCACAUUAAAUUGUUACAGUAA